AAGAAGCAAAUGGCUAAUCGUGCGGAACGGUUUGAUCAGCCGAAGCUCCGUUUCACUGUUCACCAGCUUACUCUGCAAUUCCAGUUCCAGGCAUUAUUCUAUCAACCCUAACUCUUUCCUUUACCUCCAUUCCAGUUUUCCAUUUCACUCGUAGUUUCUGCUUGAAAUGUAUUUUGUUCUCAAUUUUACCCAUAAAAUUCGAGAAACUUUAACUGGACCUUGCAAAUAUUUUAGGCUUUUCCAGUUUCAUAGAUGUAGUUGUUGCAGUGGGUUUGGUUUUGCUGCAAAAGAUGUUUCUUUUAGACCCACGAGCCUUAUUUGGGAAUGCCCAUUUGGUUGCUUUGGAGUAAGUUCUCCAUUGUUGUCGGCAUGUAGUUUUAGCUCCCGUUAUCAUUCAGGCACCAGGUCUAAGUUGCCCAGAUUGGAAAUAGAUGAUUUUGAUGAUAGAAAGUAUAUGAAUGACAAAUUUCGGCAGGUGGGAAUUAAGGGUUCUGAGAAUUUGACCUUAAUUGGCAGUCUACUGAAUCAAAACCCUAGCUUUGAUGACUGUGAUGAGUCUGAAGAGUCCGAUGAAGAAGAAGAAGAAGGUGGGGAUGGUAGUGAUAUUGAUGAUAAUUUUACAGUAUUGAAUUCCUUUAAAAGGAAUCAGAUACAAAGAGAGGAUGUUUGUAGAGUUGAGUUGGAGGAAGAUGAAUUUAGACACCCCUUAGUGAAAGAGGUUUGUAGGUUAAUUGAACGUAGGUCAGCGUGGAACCCAAAGCUUGAAGGGCAAUUGAGGAACCUUCUAAGAAGUCUCAAACCUCGCCUAGUUUGUGCUGUUUUGCGCUCACAAGCUGAUGAACGAGUGGCUUUGGAUUUCUUCUACUGGGCUGAUCGACAAUGGCGCUACCGUCAUGACCCAAUUGUGUAUUAUGUAAUGCUUGAAGUUCUUAGUAAGACUAAAUUGUGUCAAGGUGCCAAACGAGUUCUUCGGCUCAUGGCACGUCGAGGACUUGCUUGUUGGCCUGAAGCAUUUGGUUAUGUAAUGGUGUCAUAUAGUAGGGCUGGAAAGUUGAGGAAUGCAUUGAAGGUUUUGACCAUGAUGCAGAAGGCUGGAGUUGAUCUGAAUUUGACGAUUUGUAAUACUGCAGUUCAUGUUUUGGUCAUGGCAAAUAGGUUGGAAAAGGCACUGCAAUUCUGUGAACGAAUGCAAAUUGUUGGAAUUACUCCUAAUGUUGUCACUUAUAACUGCUUGAUCAAGGGAUAUUGUAAUGUUCAUCGGGUUGAUGAUGCAAAGGAGUUAAUUGCUGAAAUGCCAUUUAAAGGAUGUUUACCAGAUAAAGUUAGUUACUAUACCAUAAUUGGUUUCCUAUGUAAGGAGAAAAGGGUGAAAGAAGUGAGGGAUUUAAUAGAGAAGAUGGUGCAAGAAAGUAGUUUGUCUCUAGACCAGGUUACAUAUAACACUCUUAUCCAUAUGCUGUCCAAGCAUGGGCAUGCAGAUGAGGCUCUUAACUUUUUAAGGGAAGCUGAAGCGAGAGGAUUCCAGAUUGAUAAGGUUGGCCAUAGUGCAAUAGUUCACUCAUUGUGCAAAAAGGAAUUGAUAGAUAAGGCAAAAGGUCUUGUGAAUGAAAUGCUAUCGAAGGGUUGCAUCCCUGAUGUAGUGACUUACACUUCUGUUGUUGAUGGGUUUUGUAGGGUAGGGAAGUUGGACCAAGCUAAAAAGAUGCUUCAGCAGAUGUGCAAGCAUGGCUGCAAGCCAAAUGCUGUAUCAUAUACAGCACUGCUACAUGGGCUUUGUAAGAACGGAAACUCAUCAGAGGCAAGAGAGAUGAUGAACAUGAGUGAGGAAGAGUGGUGGACUCCAAAUGCUAUCACUUAUAGUGUUGUUAUGCAUGGGCUACGCAAGGAAGGGAAAUUAUCUGAGGCUUGUGAUGUUGUGAGGGAGAUGGUUAGAAAGGGAUUUUUCCCAACCUCAGUUGAAAUUAACUUACUAAUUCAGUCAUUAUGCCAUAAGGGAGAAAUGAAUGAGGCCAAAAAAUUCAUGGAGGAGUGCCUAAACAAUGGGUGUGCUGUUAAUGUUGUAAAUUUUACAACUCUUAUUCAUGGGUUUUGUCAGAAAGAUGACUUAGAUGCUGCUUUGUCAUUGCUUGAUGACAUGUAUCUGAGCAACAAACACCCUGAUGCAGUCACAUAUACAACAGUAAUUGAUGCACUUGGAAAGAAUGGUAGAAUAGAGGAUGCAACUAAUUUUACAAUGAAGAUGGUAAAGAAAGGUUUGAUUCCUACUCCUGUUACUUAUAGGACUGUCAUCCACAGGUAUUGCCAAAUGGGUAGGGUGGAAGAUCUGUUGAAGUUAUUAGAAACCAUGCUUUCAAGGCAAAAGUGUAGAACAGCCUACAAUCAAGUUAUUGAGAAGCUUUGUAGUUUUGGAAACCCUGAGGAGGCUGAGAAGCUCUUAGGUAAGGUUUUGAAAACAGCUUCAAGAACUGAUGCAAACACAUGCCACAUGCUUAUGAAGAGUUAUUUGAACAAAGGGGUUCCUCUAUCAGCAUAUAAAGUAGCUUGUUGUAUGUUCAACCGAAAUCUUAUUCCUGAUUUGAAGUUAUGUGAGAAGGUGAGUGAGAGACUUAAAUUAGAAGGAAAAUUGGGAGAAGCAGAUAACCUUAUGUUACGGUUUGUGGAGCGUGGAUGUCUUCUGCCUCAGUGUGAAUAAUUUUUGUGAAGAUAGUUAGGGUUAUUCUAUCUCAAACUGCUGUAGAUACUGCUGCAAUUCCCCACCAACCUUCCCCUGACAUUAGAAGCUCUAUCUUCAAAGUUCAGAGCCUUGAAAUAACUAAAUCCAUGUUCCCUCCCCACAACUUAUGUGAGUUUAAUGUAAACCAUUCUUUUUAGAUUCUGUUUCUAGUUGCAAAUAAUUUAUUAUGUUUACUUUCCUUAGAUUGCUUUGAGAUCUUUUGUUGUUGUGUUAGAUGUUACUCAAUUUUUUUUUUCACAUUUCGUAAUGGUAAUAGAACAUUGUUUUGAGC